AUGCAUGUGCUACUUUUACUUUUGCCCAUCGUCGUCGUCAUUUCGGUUCAAGGACAACAAGUUGACGAGAGAGAAGACAAUCUAAAAAAUAAAUUUUCUUCAUUUUUUUCAGAGCCUGUUUCAGAGACAAAGACAGUCUGUAAAAUUACCUCAGGCGAUGUUGAAGCAACUGCUGAAGCGACAAUCAGUCGAAGUAUCGAAGGCGUUUGUUUAAACGAUGACAUGAUGGAACGUUUCUACCAACUUGAAUGGAGAUUAUCGCAGGAACUUUACAGUAUUCGUCAUAUGAUUGCUCGUGGAUUUAAUUUGGAUCCGAAUUAUCAUGUACCUCUUCCUCCGCAUUUGUAUCCGAUCAAACCGACUCCAAAGCCUCCAAAGUUUGCUCCUGUAACAACUGAGACGCCUACUGCUAUUACUCCAUUGCCUGAAGCAACUUUCCCAACAACUAUGGAAAAAACUGAGGAAGCAGAAGAAGAAGAAGAAGACGAGGAUGAUGGAAUUUUCUUCCCUGAAGAAUCUCGAGCAGCAUUGAAAAAGAUCCCUCAAGCAAUCCAACUGAAAAAUCUCGAAGCACCUCGUAAAAGCAACACUCUUAUCCGAAGUCGUCAAAGCGAAAUCCAUUCGUUCAACAAUACAAUGCUAAAAGCAGGAGAUGCAAAAAUCUUCACAUAUUUCUGGCGUCUUGAAAAUUUCACUCAAAGCCUUUUGGAAGGAGAACAUACAGUAACUUCGCCUGUUUUUGUGAUCUCAGAUUUAAAUCUUCGAGUUGUUGCAACACUAAAUUACAUGAACAGAGACUUUUUGAAUAUUCGCAUUGAACAAGUUAGUGAUGAUUUUGCUAAAACUCACAAGAAACCGGGAGUCGUUUUAGAAACAGGAAAACUUUUUAAACCUAUUGAAGUUAAGAAGCAAUUUAAGCAUAAAAUUAUCAUCAUGGAUCAAGGAGUUCCUGCCACAGAUUUAAUUUCACAGGAUUUCUAUGAUACCCGAAGUGGCUUUCAAAUACCAACGAAUACAAUAACUGGCACGAGAUACGUUACGAACGAUACAGUAUUAAUUAGAGUAGUAAUUUAUAUUUGAAAUACUUAAAAGAGUUUACAAAGGAAAAAGUACGAAAAAUAUUUUUUUUAGUCAAUAUUUAAAAC